CUUCUUUCCUCGGGCUGUGAGACUCCUCCACACGCCACACCAAAAAUAUUUGUUCUUCUUUUUAGCAGCAAACUGGGACUAUACCUUAAAUUCAAUGACACAAUACAUUUCCUUAGACCUUCAAAAAGAUUACAACACGUGUGGCGUUUAUCACCAUGACAACCAACGACGCGCACAAAGACGACGUCAUCAUUUCGCGUUUCCAAUCAAGAUGGCUUCCUAGUUUAAAUUAGCUUACAAUUGGUUGAAAAUGAAGUCGGACGUGGAGGAGUUGAUGCCGAGGCUGCUGCCCGUUGAGUUUGUAGCCGGUGCAGAGGACCUGGAGCUGAAUGGACCGCCGAGAAACCCCCGGGAAUACCUCCGACAAGUCCAGUUGGAGGCGUCACUAUGUCCUGAGGUGGUGGUCGCUCAGAUUGACCCCAAGAAACUGAAAAAGAAACAGACAAUCAAUGCCUCUGUUGCAGGAUGCCAUGCUGCUCCAGUGGGUUUCUCCCCCAGCCUCAAUUGGCAGCAGCACCAAGUCAGUACCUUCUCUGAUGUCAGACAGAGCAUCACAAAGAACAGGAAUCACUGGAGCUGCCACACUCUGGACGACAACGUACUGAUGCCAAAGCUAACAGAUGAGGAGGGCUGGAAGAGAUUUUGUUUUGGAGAGACGGUCUAUCUGGGCACUUCCCACACAGAUGACGCUGAACCAGUGCCAGCACUGGACUAUAGCAAGGUGGGCUUCCCUCCCUUCCUCAGCAUAGUCAGCAGACUGAACCAGUCCACAGUGCUGAUGGUGUUAGAAAUUCUGAUCUGCUGGUUUGAGGAAAACGACUUUGUUCCACAGUUGGGUCGCUGGUUGUAUGCUUUGUUGGCCUGCCUGGAGAAGCCUCUGCUGCCUGAAGCCCACUCCUGCAUCAGACAGCUGGCCAGGAGAAGUGCUCAGCUCCGCAGCUCGCUGGAGAGUCAGGAGGAUGAGAAACUGCCCGCCCUCAACCUGCUCAUCUGUCUUGUAGCCAGAUACUUUGAGCAGAAUGACCUGGCAGACCAGCCGGAGUCAACUGGUGAAGACUGAACAGUAUCAACACGAUAUCUGAUGCGCUCAGACAGCAGCUGCUCCUCAGAGGAAUCUUUUGGAAUAAAGCAGAUGGAUAAUUGAACAUUUCCAAGGAUGCAAACAAGCCUGUGGAGCCUGCACGAUUGGACCUGCUGAUAAAGCUGGACAGCAACCAAAGCAUAUGAUGAUUAUCAUUGUUGUAUUCACUAAUGGAAUAUUUUUCUAUUAAACUUUUGUGGGAAAACGUGUGGACAUUGUUGCAGCCUCUACACCUGUUGCUAGUGAUGGGCAAAUGAAGCUUUUAUGAAGCACUGAAGCUUUUCAGCCAAUUGCUUCGGAAAUGGGUUUAUUACUCGAAGCUUCAGUUACAGUGACCUCUACCGGCGAAGUGCAAGGCUGCAGCGGAUUUGCCUUGAAUUCUUUGAU